CCUGUUCCGGUCUAGAGUCAUAAUAGCCACGUAGGGUGGAGUGACAACUCUACGGUGAACUUCUACUCUUUUACAAAUAUAUCCUCUUAGAAAUAUAAUAUAUAUUUAUCAACAUAGAAGUAUAUUGCAUACCUUCCGUACACUCUGGCUCCCGGCAUAUACACUAAAUAAUGCCUCUUCGUUUGGAUAUAAAAAGAAAGUUGUCAGCACGGUCUGAUCGUGUGAAAUCUGUAGACCUACACUCGUCAGAGCCAUGGAUGUUGGCCAGCCUGUACAAUGGCAAUGUUCAUAUUUGGAAUCUGGAAUCACAGCAACUAAUUAAAUCUUUUGAGAUCUGUGAUCUUCCCGUGAGAGCUGCAAGGUUUGUGUCCCGCAAGAACUGGAUUAUUACAGGAUCUGAUGACAUGCAUAUCCGUGUUUUCAACUACAACACAUUGGAGAGAGUGUUCCAGUUUGAAGCACAUUCGGACUAUGUUCGUACCAUUGCAGUGCAUCCCACUCAACCAUACAUCCUGACAAGCAGCGAUGACAUGUUAAUCAAGCUGUGGGACUGGGAGAAGAAAUGGGCAUGUACCCAGGUAUUUGAGGGACAUACCCACUACGUCAUGCAAAUUGUCAUUAACCCUAAGGACAAUAAUACGUUUGCCAGUGCUUCCCUUGACAGAACGGUUAAGGUGUGGCAGCUGGGAUCGUCAACACCAAAUUUUACCUUGGAGGGUCACGAGAAAGGAGUCAACUGCGUAGACUAUUAUUCCGGUGGUGAUAAACCAUAUCUGAUAUCUGGAGCUGAUGACAGACUGGUCAAGAUCUGGGACUACCAGAACAAAACUUGUGUACAGACCCUGGAGGGUCAUGCCCAGAAUCUGUCGGCUGUUGCGUUUCAUCCAGAGUUGCCCAUCAUUUUGACUGGUUCCGAAGAUGGAACUGUCAGGAUAUGGCACGCCAACACUUACCGCCUCGAGAGUACACUGAAUUAUGGAUUGGAAAGAGUUUGGACUAUUGCCUGUCAGAAGGGAUCAAACAACGUUGCUCUUGGUUACGAUGAAGGAAGCAUCAUCAUAAAGCUUGGCCGUGAAGAACCAGCCAUGACCAUGGAUGUCAACGGUAAAAUCAUUUGGGCAAAACACUCGGAGAUCCAGCAAGCGAACAUCAAGACCAUUGGGGACCAAGAAAUCCGGGAUGGCGAAAGAUUGCCCCUCGCAGUGAAGGACAUGGGCAGUUGUGAGGUUUAUCCACAGAGCAUACAACACAACCCUAAUGGCAGAUUUGUGGUGGUGUGUGGCGAUGGAGAGUACAUUAUCUACACAGCAAUGGCACUGAGGAACAAGAGUUUCGGUCCUGCACAGGAAUUUGUGUGGAGCAAUGAUUCCGCUGUCUAUGCCAUCCGAGAGAGUAACAGUUUGGUGAAGAUCUCCAAGAACUUCAAGGAGCAGAAGACAUUCAAACCUGAUUUUGGUGCAGAAGGUAUCUAUGGUGGCCAUCUACUCGGAGUACGUUCUGUUAGUGGUUUAGCUUUUUAUGACUGGGAAACAACAGACCUUAUUAGAAGAAUCGAAAUAACACCAAAACAUAUCUACUGGAGUGACAAUGGAGAAUUGGUGUGUAUCUCUACUGAGCAGUCAUUCUUCAUCCUUAAGUACUCAGCUGAGGCAUUUGAGAAGGCUAAGGAUACUAAGGAAGGGGUCACUGAAGACGGUAUUGAGGAAGCUUUUGAUGGUUUCAAAUCUCAAGCUCUUGCAGUGACCUGUGACCCUGAACAUAAAUUUGAACUGGCUUUACAACUGGGUGACCUCCGAGUGGCCUAUCAACUUGCGAAAGAAGCUGAGUCUGAGCAGAAAUGGAAACUUCUUGCUGAGCUGGCUAUCAACAAGUGUGAGUUUGGACUGGCUCAAGAGUGUCUCCACCAAGCACAGGACUUUGGUGGCCUUCUCCUACUGGCUACAUCUGCUGGUAACACAGACAUGGUCCUUCGUCUUGGUCAAACAGCAGAGAAAGCCUCACAGAAUAAUGUUGCAUUCCUCUCUUACUUUGCUCUUGGAAAACUUGAUGAAUGUUUAGAAGUCCUCAUCAACACCAACCGUCUGCCCGAAGCUGCCUUCUUUGCCAGGACAUAUCUACCAAGCCAGAUAUCACGGAAUCUAGGCAUAUUUGAAUUCAAAGGUCCUUCGUCAGCAUUAGCUCAUAUUCGAUUGAACUCUGAAAGGAACCCCGUGGAAGAAAUGCUGAAAGCCGAAGCGGAAGGGAAGUUUGUGUACAAACCAAGUGACGAGGACAAGAGCAGCGAUCCGACAGAAGAGGACUUUACGUACAACGAAGCAGAGGUGGUAUGUGACACUGGCAUCUCCGACGACGACACCAACCGUCGUUUCGGACAGGACAACCACCAACAACCACUAUUACAACCACUACAACCACAACAACAACAACAACAACCACCACUACCACCACUGCCAAAACAAGUAGAAAAGGAAGCAGCAGCAGCUGAAACAGUGACAACUCUUCCUGCUGCUCCUCCUGCCGCUCUUCCUACUCCAGCGUCACCCUCACCCUCACCCUCACCCAAUUCUUAUUUGAAACCUUCACUUCUGACUAAUAUUCUACGGACACUGAAGGUGUCUACGUGUGUUUUUGUGUCGAAUUUUAAGCAUCAAGAGCUCCAUGAUAAAGACAACAUCGCCCAUCAUACUGAAAGUGAAGCAGCAUCAACAGAAAUAUCUGUAGACUCAAUAUUGUCAAAACAAGCUGUGUCAGACCUAGAAAAAGAAUUGGAAUUGGAUUUAGAGAACUUGAACCUUGAUAAUGUUGAUACUUCGGAUGUCAAUUUAGAUGAUGAUUUGUUAGAAGACUAGAGACGAGAUGACAGAACCACAGCUCUGGACUCCGAUGUUCAAACAAGCACACAUUUCUGGACUAGUUUACUGCCACUACUCACUCCACAUCACCACAAACCACAAACAUCUGCCUCAGCAUGCAACUCUGAACUCCAGCUCACCACCACCACCACCACCACACACACACUGUAGCUCAUAUCCAUAUAUUCUCUACUAGCACUCUUCCUCCCACUCUCUUCUACUCAUACUUCUGCUGUGUCACUCACUCUACAGUUGUAUAUCAUUCCAGAAGUCUUUCUUGACUGACAGAAGAUGAUUUCUUCUCCAAAUUUAAAUAUGGAUCACUUUUUUGAACUUUUAAGGACUGCAGUGGCUGCAUAGGUUACAGUGGUGGUGGCCAUGGUGAUGAUUUGUUUUUUUGUUUUUUUUUUUUGUUUUGUUUUGUUGUAGUAUAAUUAAUUUGGUCUGUUUAGCUGGAGCAAAACUGCUACAGUUUUGAUGACUUUGCAUCUGAUAACAGUGAAGAAACUUGUCAUUAUGCAUAUAUACACAUAUAUAGAUAGAUAGAUAUACAUACACAUGCACACAUACAUAUGGAGAGGAUAUGUAUAUACAUUAACAGGUAUGGAAAUAUGUGUGUGCUUCCUUAAACCGUCACAAAUAUGGCCAUGCUGGAGCAUCAUUUUCACAUGCAUACAUGUGUGAGUGUAUGUAUGUGUAUAUAUAUAUUUGUAUGCCUGUGUGUGUGUGUGUGUGUGUAUGUAUAUUUAUAUAUGUAUGAGUGUAUAUACAUAUGAAUGUAUGCCUACACACACACACUUCAUUUAGCAAGAUUGGGGGAAAUACUAAUUAUCAAAUUAUUUUGACUAAUUUGAAGAAGUCGUUUGAAAACAAAUACCUAUCAUUAUUAUUAUUAUUAUUGGGGGUAGUGGUGGUGGAUGUGAUCUUUUUGUCAUUAUUACUAUUAAUAUUAUUAUUAUUAUUACCAUCACAUUGAAAAUCCUAUUAAAGUUUCACAAAUGAAA